AGAAAACAUCAAAAUCAUUGAGGAAUAAAAAGAGAGGUGUGUGAAGCUUUUUUUUUUACUCAUAAGAAAACAAUAUAGUUUUUAGAGAGAAGAUGAGUUGGUGUAGUAUUAGUAGGUCUACAAAGUGAUUGUUUUCUUCUCUUUUUAUCUAAGGUUUGUUGUUGUCUCCUAAAGAUAAAAAAUUCUUCUUGGUGUUUUCUGGGUUUAUUCUCAAAAGCUCUUUUCAAAGAGACAAGGAAAAUUCAGUUUCAGAUUUGCAUCAAAGUAAUAUGGCUGCUUCUUCAUCCUCUACACCUUUCUUGGAAAUCAGACAAGAAAAUCAAAGUCAGAUAACACAACAACAUCAAUCUUCUACCGACGUUUCAUCAACCGCUGCUCAACCUUUAGUGCCGAAAAAAAGAAGAAAUCAACCAGGAACACCAUAUCCAGAUGCAGAAGUGAUAGCACUAUCUCCAAAGACACUAAUGGCAACAAAUAGAUUUGUAUGUGAGGUGUGUCAAAAAGGGUUUCAAAGAGAGCAAAAUUUGCAACUUCAUAGAAGAGGACACAAUCUACCUUGGAAGCUAAAGCAAAAGAGCAACAAAGAGCCAAAGAGAAAGGUCUAUCUAUGUCCAGAGCCUUCUUGUGUUCAUCAUGACCCUUCUAGAGCUCUUGGAGACCUCACUGGAAUCAAGAAGCACUUUUCUAGAAAGCACGGUGAGAAAAAGUGGAAAUGUGAAAAGUGUUCUAAGAAAUAUGCUGUUCAAUCUGAUUGGAAAGCUCAUUCUAAAACUUGUGGAACUAGAGAGUAUAGAUGUGAUUGUGGCACUCUCUUCUCAAGGCGUGAUAGUUUCAUCACACAUAGGGCAUUUUGUGAUGCACUAGCACAUGAAAAUGCAAGGCACCCUUCCAACAUGAACCCUUUAGCAACUCAUCUAUUUUCCACAAACCACAUGGGUUUAGCCCUAAACCAAAACCAACAAACAUCCACAAACAACAUCUUAACCCUAGGCAACAUUCCUUGUACACCAAAAUAUGAAAAUCAUUUGAUCUCACCUUUGCAUCCAUCAUCAUCAUCAUUAUCAUUUGUUCAACAACAACAACAACAACAAUCACCACAACAACAAUCAAUGUCUUCGUCACCUUUCUUCAUGACCGAUCCAAAUCAAACUUUCCAGCAAGACCUUUCUUCACCAUUCUCAAACAAGCAACUUCAUCUUCAUCACGGUCUCUUGCAACUUCCCGAUCUUCAAGGAAAUACCAAUAACAACACAACUUCUUCAUCGGUAUCGCCUUUUAACCUAAGUUUCUUCCCAAAUACCAAUAGUAGCACAUUGCAUGAUCAGUUCAAUAACAUAAGUGAACCUCAUCAUCAUCAUCAUCAUCAGCAUCAAGAAGGUUUUUCUUCACUCUUCGGUAACUCAUCAAUGCAACAAGAGAACAUGUUGUCUUCACCACACAUGUCAGCAACUGCAUUGCUUCAAAAAGCUGCUCAAAUAGGUUCAACCACAACAACAACUAUCAAUAACAACGGUGUCGAAUCUAAUAAUGAAGGAUUAAGAUCAAGCAUGGAAAAUGAACAAAAUCAACAUCUACAUGGUUUACUGAACUCUCUUGGGAAUGGAAACACUUCAAUAUAUGGAAAUAUGAAUCAUGACAACAACAUUAACCUUGGUCAGUUUCAGAACAUGGAGGAGAAUAAGAAGAUGCCACAACAAAAUCUAGCUGGUAAUUUGUGCUUUGGAGGAUCAGAUAAAUUGACUUUGGAUUUUCUUGGUGUUGGAGGAAUGGUGAGAAACAUGAGUGGUGGAUUUUCACAAAGAGAACAGCAACUACACUCCAUGAGUAGUAUGAACAACAUGGAUCCUAAAUUGGAAUCAACACAAGCAAACCAACCUUUUUGAAGCAAAUCAAUGCAAUAAAAUGUUGGUGUUGAUAUAAAUUAGGCAGCAAAAUAAAAGUUUAUUAUCAUAUUUAUAUGUAUUAGUUUAUGCACCCAAAAACAAUGUCCUAGUUUUUCUUACCUUUCUUUUGCAAUUGAGAAUUGGUUCAUUAGUGUAUUAUUAAUUCUACAAUGUGUAGUGAAUGUUCCUCAAGACAGCAAAAA